CUGAACAGAUCUUCUUUGUUCGCUGUAAAACAAAUCCCAGCAGCUCAAAGCUCCCUUCGUCGUUUCCAAUUCCCACAGGCAUUUCAGUCUUUUUGGCUGUUCUCCUCUCCCCCUUCUCGGCUUCACGGAGUUCUAUCCUCUCCAGAGAAAGAAGGGGAGCUAGAGUGUGAGGACCGGCCCAUUCAGCAGCCCAUACCUAGUUGGACUUGUGGGCCAGCCCAAUGUAGCCAGCCAUUUGGAGGCCGCCACCUCCUCCUUUGGGGAGGUCCUGCAGUCAAUAGAGGGAAUGGACAGCUCGCUGCUGGGAGGGACAGCUGCCGGCAGCUUGAGCAGUUACCAUCGCUUAAGAAAUCCCAAACCCCCCCUCUCUGUCCUCCUCCUCCUCCCACAGAACGGAGUCUGAGUCUCAGAACCGUCGGCCUAGGCGUUGAAGCAAGGAUCGUCGCUGGUACUCCCCAGAAGCUAGGUCUAUUGGAGCAAGUUCACAUGGCCUCCCAAACUCCUAUUUUUGUUCUAGAUGAAAAUUUGCCCUUCCAUAGAGGCAAAGGUGUUGAUGGCAUAAAGGCUGAUGUGCCCAAGCCUGCCAAGCCGGCACGUCAUGAACGAAAAGCUUUGCGGGAUCUUUCAAAAGCUGGAAAACCUCUGCCAACAGGUGCAACUAAGGGAUCUACUUUGAAAGAUAAGGCUACUGUGCAUGACCAUGAGAACCCCAAGAAUGCCUCAAAGAAUAGUUUUCUGACUGAUGAGGAAAUAAAGAAAUGUCAUGAGUGGGCCAAGCAGGGAAUCGAGCAUGCCCAUUUUACAGGAACUGAGCAGCGAAAACUCCAGAAAGAAAAGGAUAAAGAACGUGUAAGAAAGAAAGUGGAUAAAGUUAUGUCUGCACUUCGUGAAUGGACUGACAUGGCCUAUAACUUUGGAUUGCCAAGGGUGGAUGCUGCUGAUGUUACCGAAAGCAUUGGGAAGCUGGAGUUAGAGCCAGAGGUGCUUCCUCCCAGGGCCAGAUCUCACUUGAAUUCAGGUAAUGAUAAAUUAGAGGAUCUUCUUCUGGAGCCCGAGCUUGACUGGUACCCAUUUCUUGACCAGACAUUGGAGCUCAAGCUGAAAGAUGAUAUCUAUAGCAGAUGAAUUUGCUUUCUUCUCUGUUGUUUGGUAAAUUUCGACUGUGGCAGCAUCAAAAAGCUACCAAUAUUUCUCUAAAGAUAUUUAAUGGCAUCUGUGAAUUUCGUUGCUGGAUAAAGGUGUUACAACUUUGGGGGUGUGUGUUACAAACUUUA